CCUGACAAUCAGCCUACUUUGAGCAUCGCAGGACAGGGGAUCAUGGACAUCGAAGCGUAUUUUGAAAGGAUUGGUUAUAAGAACUCAGCCAAUAAAUUGGACUUGACCACACUAACUGAAGUUCUUCAGCACCAGAUGCGAACAGUUCCUUUUGAAAAUCUUAACAUGCAUUGUGGAGAAGCCAUGGAUCUGGGCUUAGAGGCUACUUUUGACCACAUAGUGAGGAAGAAGAGGGGUGGGUGGUGUCUCCAGGUUAAUCAUCUCCUGUACUGGGCUCUGACCAAAAUGGGCUUUGAAACCACAAUGUUGGGAGGAUAUGUUUACAUAGUUCCAGUCAGUAAAUACAGCAGUGAGAUGAUUCACCUUCUAGUGCAGGUGACCAUCAGUGACAGGAACUACAUUGUUGAUGCUGCCUAUGGAGGCUCCUACCAGAUGUGGGAGCCUGUGGAAUUAGCAUCAGGGAAGGACCAGCCUCAGGUGCCUGCCAUCUUCCGUUUGACAGAAGAGAACGAAACCUGGUACUUGGACCAAAUCAGAAGAGAGCAGUAUGUUCCAAACCAAGAAUUUGUUAACUCGGACCUCCUUGAGAAGAACACAUAUCGAAAGAUCUAUUCUUUUACUCUUGAGCCCCGCACUAUUGAGGAUUUUGAAUAUGCAAAUUCCUACCUUCAGGUGUCUCCAGUAUCUGUGUUUGUAAACACAUCAUUUUGUUCCUUGCAAACCUCAGAAGGGGUUUGCUGUUUAAUAGGCUCCACUAUUGCAAGGAGGAAAUUUAGUUAUAAGGAAAAUGUAGAUCUGGUGGAGUUUAAGAAUGUGAGUGAGGAAGAAAUAGAAGAUGUACUGAAAACGGCAUUUGGUGUUUCUUUAGAGAGAAAGUUUGUGCCCAAAAAUGGUAACCUGUCUUUUAGUAUUUAG